AUUGUGGCUGGGGCCGCAGGCGCUGAGUGGGGGACUCUUGUUGUUUCAGAUGCCGGUGACCUUCGAGGAGGUGGCUGUGUAUUUCACCCAGGGGCAGGGGGCUCUGCUGGACCCUGCUCAGAGAGCCCUCUACAGGGACGUCAUGCAGGAGAACUACGAGACGGUGACCUCGCUGGGAUUUCCCAUUCCCAAACCUGAGCUGAUCGCCCGGCUGGAACGAGGGGAAGAGCCAUGGGUGCCCGAUCUCCAGGCUUGCGACGAAAGAGAGAUCCUGAGAGGCGCCCGCACAGCAGGUGCUGAGCGAGGGAGUGAGAACGUGGAGGGGAAUCAUCAUGACAAAGUUCCUGGGGAAGUGGAACCACAGGGGACCUUUGUGGGAAGAGCUGAAGGGAAUUUUUCCCAGUGUGUGGAACAGGGAGAAGCCUGGGGAAAUGGGCACAGGUCACAGAAGCUGCUGGGAAACCACCCAAGGAAGAAAGUGGAUGAAUCUAUUAACAGUGGGGGAGUAGACAAGGAUCCCAGAGCGCAGCAGACAAAUCCCAAUGAAGAGACACCAUGGCACUGCUGGCAGUGUGGGAAAGGAUUCAUUGUGAGAUCACAGCUUGUGACACAUCAGACAAUCCAUACUGGAGAGAAACCCCUUCAAUGCUUGGACCGUAGCGAAAGUUUCAGUAACCGCUCAGAUCUUAAUACCCAGGGGGGAAGCCACACUGGAGAGAAGCCCAUUCAGUGCCGUGAGUGCAGGAAAUGUUUCAGUUCUAAGUCAGCACUAAUUUCACAUCAAGAAAGCCACACAGGAGAGAGACGCCAUAAGUGCUUGGACUGUGUGAAAAGUUUCAAGCGACGGUCAGACUUUCUUAAACAUCGGGUAAUCCACACAGGAGAGAGACCCCAUAAGUGCUUGGAUUGUGGGAAAAGUUUCAAGCAGAGCUCACACGUUCGUAGACAUCAGGCAACCCACACAGGAGAGAGACCUCACAAGUGCUUGGAUUGUGGGACAAGUUUCAGGCAGAGGUCACACCUUCGUAGACAUCAGGCAAUCCAUACAGGAGAGAGCCCUCAUAAGUGCUUAGAUUGUGGGAAAAGUUUCACACGGAGAUCAGACCUUGUCAGUCAUCAGGCAAUCCACACAGGAGAGAGACCCCAUAAGUGCCUGGACUGUGGGAAAAGUUUCAAGCGGAGAUCAGACCUUGUUCAUCACCGGGCAAUCCACACAGGAGAGAGACCCCAUAAAUGCUUGGACUGUGGGAAAAGUUUCACAGGGAGGUCAAAGCUUGUUAAGCAUCAGGCAAUCCACACAGGAGAGAGACCCCAUAAAUGCUUCGACUGUGGGAAAUACUUUAUAACGACAUCAGCGCUUAUUAAACAUCAGGCAAUCCACACAGGACAGAGACCCCAUAAGUGCUUGGACUGUGGGAAAAGUUUCAUAUGGAGGUCAGACCUUCUUAAACAUCAGAAAAUCCACACAGGAGAGAGACCCCAUAAGUGCUUGGACUGUGGGAAAAGUUUCAGAGAGAGAUCACAGCUCAAUAAACAUGGUAGAAUCCACACAGGAUCUAAAGUUCUGUGACAAGUGACCAGAAAGGAUUAAGCAGCUUGCAUGUAACUGACUCAGCUCAAGCCUUGUUACACAACAAGCAAGCCACACAGGAGAGAGACUUUAUAGAUGCUUGGCAUGUCAGAAAAGCUUCAGUAACCGAGAAUCCACAUAGGUAUGAAAGACCCUAGGAAUAGUCUGACUGCAGAAAAAAAUUCAAUUUGACCUCACACCUCAGUGACUCACAGAGCAGAGAGGCCUUGAAUAUGGGGGAAGCUCCAUUAGGUGCUCCCGGAGUAUCAGCAUCCAGAAAUCCGCAGAGGGAAGAAACUUCUGAGAUGUUCUCAGUGCAGAAAAUGCUCCAAGUGGAGCUAACACCAUGUUGGACUCCUCCACGAAGCAGGGGAAUUCUCUCAGGGCCCUGACCAGGCCAUAGUAACAACCCCAUUUCCUCGUUCCCACACACAUCAGGGGCAUUUGGCUCCCAAGGAUCCAGCUGCCCAUUGCUGGGGUGAGGAUCCAGCAGCAACUGGUCAGUGACCCUCUGCCUGGUCUAAGCAAACCCCAGACAGAUGAGGAGAAGCCCCCAUCAGCCCCUGCUCCCUGCUACAGCCCUGGCUGCUGAGCUGAUGGGCCACAGGUGGGGAAGGGAAAGAGAGAAACUCCUCCAGCCGCUCCCUCUGCCUGGCUGAAGUCCCCCCCUCCCUUCCCCUCCCAGCCGGGAUCCCCCUGCCAUGGAGAUGAGAAGAAGGACACUUGGGCCAGGCCCCACCAUCACUCUAGACCCCUGUCUCCACUCCUCAAAUUCCACCAGCCCCUGGACUGGGCUUUGGGGGAAUCAAAUAUCCCCGGCCUGAAUCCCCCAUUGUGCUGGGCUCUGGGGGAAUCAAAUAUUGAGACACCAGGGUUUGGGUUCUGGGGGGGAAACCGUGGAUUGAAUGGCUGGGGCUGGUGGAGCUGGGGAGCAGGGGGAGCUGGGUGCUGGGACUAUCGAGUGUUUGGGGCUCAUGGGAUAAGGGCAGAGGGAGAGCACAGGGGUAGAGAGGUGCUGCCUCUCUUUACUCAGCCCCUCUGCCCCCGCCCGUCUGCAUUCAGACAGCACCACUGAGAGGGACUGGUUCCUACAGGGCCUUUUGUGGGAGGCCUGGAGACCCCACCUCUGCCUCCGCACCAUCAGUCUCUGAAGUUCUGGCUCCGCUAGGAGGUGUGGUGGGGAUUAGCCAGCAGAUCUCUGUGACCCUCCACCAGAUUUCCUAGUGUAAACUCACUCUGAGCAUCUUAUGUGCUCUGACCAGUGCUCCCUCGUCUUUUACAUCCAUGUGCGGAAUGAAUUUGGUUCUAUGCACCAGGAUGUGACACAUCAUCUCCAUACUGGCGCACAGAAGAGAAUUCAUGUGGUGGGGGUGAGGCCAAGGGGUUCGGAGCGUGGGAGGGGGCUCAGGGCUGGGCAGAGGGUUGGGUGUGGAGGGGUGAGGGCUCUGGCUAGGCCUGUGGGGUGGGGCUGGGAAUGAGGGAAUUGGGUUGCAGGCUGCGUUGGUGACAGGACUCUCCCCAGCCCACUCUCACCACAGCAACUCGGGGCCAGGUGAGAGGCACCUCUCCCCAGCGGUCGCAGCUCCUGUGGUCCUGGGCCGGGCUGAGGGAGGGGUUCCUCUCCCCAGCAGCUCCAGUGGAUCCGGGCUAAGCCCUCAGAGGGGCCCCUCCCUGCCUGCCUCCACGGUCCUCGAUAGCCUGCAGGGAACACAGUUUCUGACCCCCCCCCCCCCUCCAAUCUCCCGUUAGCAGAGUGAUUGCUAGUCCCUGAGUUCCCCCUGGGGGGCCAGACUUUCUCAUUCCCAGAUAGUCUCGCAUUACACCAGGCCGUGCCGGAAAGCAUUUAGUGUUUGUACAUUUUAUCCCUUAUGCACCAGAACUAACUAGAUGCUAAAAAAGUGGGGAGCAGGGACAGUAAAAUGGGGUGUUUUAGCUUCUCUGCUAUUUCAGGGUGACGGGAUGAGUGUGAGAGAUUCCCUCCUUCCCCUAAAAAAAGAAUGAGGCGUUCUUGUGGCACCUUAGAAACGAACACCUUUAUUUGGGCUUAAGCUUUUUGUGGGCUAAAAUCCACUUCAG